UGGGGAUCACGUGAUGUAUGUAUGCGCGAAAAAGUUGCGCAGAAGCCUAAUCAUGAUUGGGAAAAUAAAUUUUAUUACUAACAAGCUGAUAAUUGAUCAAAACAUAAGAGAUGUAAAAAUUAUAAAAAACAAGAGCACAUUAAUGCUCGUUUGCACCGUAAUACAUAAGCAUUGCUUAAAGGCUAAGUAAUGCUUAAGUAGUGAAUUUGCGUUGCACCGUCAAGUAACCCGUUCUCAAAAUCAAUAAGACGUUCUCAAAUAUAAGUAUUUGAAAUCCAGUGCUUAAGUUGUUCUCAAGCGCAUACGUCAAAUAGACAUAACCGUACAUAACCUAUACGUUAAAAAAGUAAUAAAAUAAAAUAAUGGAUCUGCAAAUUUUCGACGACGAUUUAGAUGUUUUGGAAAUAAUUGAUUUUGGUUUUCCAAAAUUAAUAUACACAAGAUCCAAUUAUUUCCACGAAAUGGACGAAUAUAAUUUUUUUAAAAGAUUUCGUCUAACAAAACAAAGUUGUUUGUAUGUUCUACGACAAAUACAAGAAAUUAUAGAAUUUCCGUCUAAUAAAAACAACUGUGUGUCUCCAAUGAACCAGUUGCUAACAACCCUUAGAUUUUACGCUUCUGCUAGCCAUUUAACUAUUGUAGCUGAUUUUACCGGGAUGCAUACUUCAACAGCUAGUAGAAUUAUAUCGCGGGUAUCGCGUGCAAUUGCUAUGCUGAGACCGCAAUACAUAAAAAUGCCAAGUAAUACCGAAGAAAUUCUAGCAGUACAAAACCAGUUUUAUGGAAUAGCUGCAUUUCCCAGGAUUAUAGGUGCCAUUGAUUGCACGCACAUAAAAAUUCAGUCUCCUGGUGGCGAAGAUGCAGAAGUGUACAGGAACCGAAAAGGCUACUUUUCUUUUAAUGUACAAGUUAUUGUAAAUGCAAAUUUGGAAGCCAUGGAUAUUGUGGCAAGGUGGCCAGGAUCUGUUCACGAUUCAACUAUAUUUAAUAAUAGUCGGAUUAGAGCACGGUUAGAAAACGGAGAUUUCCAAAAUGGCAUAUUAUUAGGCGACAGCGGAUAUCCUCUGCGAGAGUAUUUUCUAACUCCAUUGGCAGAGUGUAGAACAAGACCAGAAGAACUGUAUAAUGAAGCUCAUAUAAGAACCCGAAAUACAGUGGAACGGUUCUUUGGAAAUUGGAAACGUCGAUUUCCUGUCCUUGCAUAUGGCCUACGUUUGAAAAUUUCCACUGUGAUGGAGGUUAUUGUAGCAACGGCAGUUCUACAAAAUAUUACCAGAACAGUUAUGGCCGAAGAAAAUGUUGCUGUUUUGCCAGAUGACAUUAAUGAAGCAGAUUUAAAUGUUCAAAUUGAGGCUGGCCGUGUGGAGAUGAAUAAUAUCGGCAAUAAUGGGAUACAUUAUUUAAGAGAUAAUUUAAUAAAUAACUACUUUAAUGAUUUAUAAAACAAUUUAUUAUAAAAAUAACUAUUUUUCAUUA